UCUCACAGCCGGAAUCAAACCUCCGAACUGUGAGGCAGACAUGAUAACCAGUGUAACCAAGGGUAAACUAGUAAUUGAGUUUUGAGUAACUUGGCACAUUCCACGCAUGACAUCCUGUCUGAACUUAACGAUUUAAGAACAUGACGGAAGUAUUUAAAAGCGUUAACUCGUGAACUUAACGACUUAAGAACAUGACGGAAGUAUUUCAAAGCGUUAACUCGUGAUAGUAAAAGUUGUCUGACGAUCACGUGCUGCAAAACUCCGCCUAUUGAUCCCAGACCGUCCUUCAUGUUCUUCAUGUUCCUCCUCCCCGUCGUCCGCCGCCUGCCUCCCUCCCUUUGUCUUGCUCCUCACUGUGUUCACUUUUCCCCUCCAAAAAACGCGUGGACACCCGCAGGGCGCGGGAAAGGCUUUGAGGGCAGACCCCACGACCACUAGAACAAACCCUGGCCACUUUAAAAAAAAAAAAAAAAUCUUUUCCUCCACAGGAUAUUUGGGCGUGGGUGUGUAUUCCUCCGCUUGAGCCGCUGACAAACCGAAUGUUCCCCUUCUUUUGGACUUCUCACAUGGAGUGUUUUUUUUUGUCGAAAGUGCCGCGUGACAUCUCAAAUCAAGGUUUGGAGCCGGCAUGACGAGAAGAUGAGCAACCAGUGGAAGCAGGUUGAGAUGUUUUGAGGCAAGAUGCCUUUAUUUGACGAAUCCGUAGUAUUUGCUGGACUGCCCAAGUCAUCAGACAUGUCCGGGUUUAUCGUAAAGCCCGUGUUCCCGUACGGCGGGGCCCAUUUUUCCUACCACCCCCGAGGAAAGGAUGCGGCGGAGUUCACGGCACCCUGGACUAACGCAAGCGCGGCGAGUCCGACACAUCGAGCGUCUGGGGUCAAAACGGGGGGCGACAAUUCCUCUCUACCUGACAGUCCUGUUUACCUCGCCAUCCCAAAAGCUCUGUAUUUACAUAACCCGUGUUGCCACGAUCUGGCUUGCGUCAUGAGACACCGCUACAACAUGGAGCACGGCCAGACGGCGGCGCUCAAUGCUGAUUUGGAGCGCAACCGGCCUCGAGGAGAGCCUUACCGCAGCCCCAGAUCAGGCAUCCAUCAAACGGCGCGAGACAACCCGCGAGAUUUACAGUCGGAUUCCUGCGAAGGACAAAUCGAGAGGAUGACUGCGGAAAGUUUGAGCGGAGGAGGAAGGCCGAGUCGAACGGAGCCCAACUACGGCGGCUACCCCUGCAUGCCCCCUCUCGCCACGCUGGCUCCUUUGAGCGAGCAAAGCCGACAUUUACAGCCUCCCCCCAGAGGCUUUGCAGCCUUCCCCCCCCCCACCCAUAUGACCUCAGAGCUUUAUCAAGAAUGUUCUCCCAUGUCCAAAUAUGGUCAUCCAACAAAGCAGCCAAUGUUUUACUACCCGCAGGCCAAUGUGGAGGUCGAACGCAGAACACACGGUCGGGAUAUUGGCGGCGAGCAGAGAGAAGACGUUCCCGGUAUCCGAACGAGCGCUAUCCCGAGCCCUGGGGAGUAUUAUACGUUCCCGCCAACGCUUCAAGGCGACAUUCCUUUGUUUUUUCACGGCACCGAAACGCAACCAAAUCACUCCUUUGUGCACGGCUUGGGCUAUCGAUGUUACGCACAUCCCGGGUUUCAAAUUCGAAACGUCGAGCAGCAGCACGCGCCAACCGGGCUGCCUUCGCAUCGACUUGUUUUUCGCGGAUCAGACCAACGUCCGUCCGCCGCCGCCGCCUCAGUUGGCCUUGAGAAGAGCGAGCAGCACGUGGGACCGUCGGAGCCUUCCCACGUUUUGCUGCGGGUGGAGCCCAUCAGUCCGACCGGACCCGUCUGCCAAUCCGUUUUACCCCCCCACAGCCUGUAUCCUUCCAUCACCAGUCGACUAGAUCAUCAGAUGGUCAUUUCACCUUCUGGCAUGACCCAAGACAGACCGCUGGACUUUUCUUCUUAUGUAAGUCAGAUUAAACCCGAACACCGUAAAGUCUUCCCGGUUUCCCCGAGGACGCGGCUUCCCCAAUCUCCCAAACAAACGUCAGAUUGCAUGUCCAAGCUUGAAAGGCUCAUGGCCACGGAUCAAGUGGACGAAAUUGCGUGCGACUAUGUUCUCAAAGACAGCCUGAAAAGACGUUUCCCUUCGCGUGUGAAAGUAAAAGUAGAGGAACCCGAUCCGUACGAAAUUGAUUUGACUCCAAAACGACGAAAGUCGGACACCAAACGAAAUCGAGGGACCCGCCCUCAAAUGCCGGUUAUCCGAAGCGUGUUCAGCCUAGCACAAGAAUAUCUAAAUCCUCCUGAAGUCGAGCCUCAAAGAGGGGCGCAGUUGGCUGACCACUUUCAAAUCAUACCCACGACAGCCCUUAAAGGAACCAAACCCGAUCCGAACGGAGCACCCCGUUGUACGUGUCCGGAGAAGUGUGAAGUCCAAAUGAUGGAACCCACAAAAAUUAAAGUUGAAAAGAUAAACCAAUCCGACACGUGUGGAAAAUCUCCAAGUCCGGCUGCUUCCGGCGCCAUACGGGAUCAAAUCAAACCGCAACCUGAAGAUGCUACUUUGUCGGACACCAAGUCCAUGCUGGCCACUCAAGUACGUGAACCUGAGAAACUUUUAUCAGUGGAGGUCAACGAUGCUUCACAGCGCCCCAAAGCGCCCGGGUCUCUGGAGAACGACAAGACCUUGCCGGAGCAAAUGGCCGAAGCUGAGCCGAAACCGCUAAAAGCAGCUGAUUUUGAUAUCACCUCCAUUCCACUGGAUCACCUCAACCUUUGCCCCAGCUACGAUAUCCGUCUCCACCGUCCGGCCGCACAACAGGAAGCGCCUGCGCAAAUUCAGGCUGAAACAUCACCCGUACCACAGGCGGCGGUUCGCAAGCGUUUCCUAGAGCUUCACCGCACCCUCUGCAAACGAGUAUCCAAACGUGUAUCUGCCACCUCGGAGCAGCAGCUCACAACCUGGCGCUCUCAGUUGGAACUGGCAGAACCCUCAUCCAACAAAGUCCAGAACGUCUCCUCCUUGCUGGGGACUCAAGCCAGGGACGAGUGGCUCAACGAGGAGAUCCACUCUGCCCUCGAGGAGGUCCUGGACAGGUUCAGGGAAUACAUCAUCCACGAGCGCUGUCCUUUUCCACACGUGAUGAGAACGGGGGCGGUGUUUCUCCCUAUGCUGGUGGUGAAAGAAAUCCUUUUUCCCGAGGUGCCCGUCACCUUCAUCGACCAAGUCCUGCACGAGCACAAAGUGCAACUGCGACCCACGACGCUGUCCGAGGAGAAGAUCCUCACCCAGCUCCACAAACCCUGCUCGUCACGCCUCAAGAGGCUGAUGUCGCUCAAACAUCUGCCCGACGUCUACGCCGACGUGCUCAACCUACUCUACUACUCCAACGUCUGCAAGCACCUGGACUCAACGUCGUCUGAUGUCCAAAAGACUAGCCAGGAGUAGACGUGAAGACUUGGGAAGGCUCCAACAUCAGCGGCAGCUGUUCAACAGCAGAGGACGCCAAAGCCAAAUCCCACAAGAGGAGCGCGACCAAGACCAAAAGCAGGGUGAAGAGCAGCUCCAGGCGGCUGUUUCUGGACGACAGCUUGUCUGACCAAGAAGACAAUCAUUCCAAAAAGCACAUUGAGAAAGGAUCAGGCCAUAAAACCGGCAGCGAAGAUGCUUCACCAUCAGAUGAUUCCUGGACUCACCCUUUAACUUGCGAGGACUUUCCCGGCAGCGGUGUUGAACCGGAGGAGUCUUCCGCUUCCCCAGACAGUUCGGGAAUGAUCAUCAAGCUGAAGCGGGAGGAGGCAGAAGAGCACGUGACCUUCAAGUGGCAGCGCACGGGACGCCGGGGCCGAAACCUACGUCCCCUCAGCGGCUCCCGAAAGCCAAAGACCAGAUCGCUUCUGAAAAUCAAAUACUGUCCUUACCUGUCGAGCCGGGUCCUGCGCUCGGCCGUGCGGCGCGCCCGCGGCGCCGUGAAACUCACCCACCCGGACCUGGUGGGCAAGAAGAUCCGACAUCUUUACGAGGAGGACGACAAAUCCGAGGUGUGGUACCGUGGGGAGGUGCUCGGGGUCCACGAGGCUCACAGCGACCCCCUGAAGACCAUCUUUGAGGUGCGCUACGACAGCGAGCCCGAGUGGAAGUACUAUCUGGAGCUGCUCAUUGAUUACCAGAAAGGAUGGCUCAUCAUUGAAGAGGAGAAUUGAUGGCAACAGAGGACAGACACGCCCACUUUGACACCUGUCAAAUUUGAGUCAAUUGGUUCAAAAAUGACUAGUAUUGGUUAGUCCCCUUGUGCGUUUACACUGGUCAAUACUUUUUUACUCAUGUUUUUAAUAUGAUGCAAGUAAACAAAAUGUUUGGUACAAAUUCCCAAUCUGGUCUGGUUUUUUUUUUUUUCUCAAGCGUAUCAGGUCUUCAUAAUCAUGUGAUAUUUUAAUAUAUUUUGUCGUAUUUAUGAAAUGUUAGCUUUAGCAAGAGGUGGAUUUUUCCUCAAUCAGUGAUAUAGGUCAUGGUAGAAUACGUAUUGCGCAAGCUUUUACAGGUCAAACCAAAUAAAAAUAUGCCAGAAAGACUUUUUGAAAUCGGCAUCAGAAUAAAUUUAGGAACACAAAGGCACAUUUGACUAAAUCUGCUGUUGACCAGUGACCAAUUUUAAAGAGAGUAAGGUUUUCGAGAAUCUUUCCACAAUGCAGUGCAGCUUUGGAGUUUCUAAGGGUGACUGUUCUGCUAGGUCAGGGCCUUGUUUGGUUUACUCACCUUCCUCAGCGCAUGGCUAGCGAGCGGUGCCAGGUACACAAUUUAUCCGAAUAAUUCUCCAGUUUUAAGUGUGAUUUUUGUUUUGUACUUUGCAGUGCCUUUUUUUUGUACUUUGCAGUGCCUUGACUAGCCACAAACUGAACAGGUAAAAGGUUUCUCUAGUGAAGCCGCUUAGACUGUGACCACACUUGGGUUUUUUUGUAUUGAUCCGAUUAGAUUGUGUGAACCUAAUGAAGUGUCUAGUGCAGUGCUUCUCAAAUAGUGGGGCGCGCCCCCCUUGCUAUACCUGGGGGGGCGCGUGUGACCCUGGGGAACAGGCUUUUUUUUGGCAGUACUAGAAUAAGGUGUAAUUGCGCAUCUACUACAGCAGGGGGCAGUGGCGCUCUCAUUGUUACUUCUGUCACGUUUGCGACAGUGCAACAUUUUACGACUUACAAGACAAGUUAGGAUAGUCACGGUGGGGAGGGUUAGGGUUAGGGGGGGGGCGCGAAUAGUUUUCUUCUUGCUUGGGGGGGGCGUAACAGAAGAUAAUUGAGAAGCACUGGUCUAGUGAGUGAUUGUUGGAAAAUAAUGUCAUCAAAAAUACAAACUCUUGCAAUAAUGUACAGAUUGUUAGAACCUAAUCAAGUGUCUGGUUGUGUUGGCACAGAAUGUCAUUAUCGAAAAUACAAACCGCUCCAAUGCAGUUAGUGACCACAUUUUGAAUGGUUUCUGACCAAUUUUAUUAGUGGUUGCCAGUCUACAAAUUGCUUGUUAUUUUUUACUAAGGUGGCUUGAAAUCCCCCUGGCCGAAUUGUUUUCCGAGAAAUGUUUGCAUUUUAUAGAUGUGUAUUAGAUAGCAGCUUAGAAAGUUUGUCUUUUAAUAAAGGUUUGUACUUUA